AUGUCUGACAGCUACGGUGACAACAGCUACGGCUCCAGCCGACGUGACAAUGACAACGACAACAGCUACGGUUCUUCCAACCGUGAUAACGACAACAGCUACGGUUCUUCCAACCGUGAUAACGACAACAGCUACGGUUCGUCCAACCGUGACAACGACAACGACAACUCUUAUGGCUCUGGCAACAACAACAGCAGCAGCUACGGCUCAUCUGGCCGCGACAACAACGAUUCGUAUGGCUCCAGCAACAACGAUUCGUACGGAUCCAGCAACAAGGACAACGACAACUCUUAUGGCUCGUCCGGUAACUCUGGCCUGAGCGGCGGCAACGACAGCUACGGCUCCAGCCGUCGCGACAAUGACAACGACAACUCUUAUGGAUCUAGCAACAAGGACAGCGAUUCUUAUGGCUCCAGCAACAACAACUCUUACGGCUCUAGCAACAAGGACAACGACAACUCUUAUGGAUCCAGCAACAACGACUCCUACGGUUCUGGUAACACAUACGGCUCCAGCAACAACGACUCCUAUGGCUCCAGCAACAAGGACAAUGAUUCUUAUGGUUCCAGCAACACAUACGGAUCUGGCCGUGACAAUGACAAUGACAACGACAACAACCGAUCAGGUGGUUUCCUCGACAAGGUCAAGGACAAGGUUCAGGACAAGCUCAGCGGAAACAAGAACAGUGGUGACAACGACUACUAA